CACUUGGACAGCCAACGAGCAAAAGGAGCCAUUUCUGCUUGCAAUACUUAGUAGAGGAGAUAUGGCCCAGAGGACAAUUUCAUUGUGCCUAAUCCUUGGCUUACUAGCCGCGGCAGCACCUGCCAAUGCAACCAGCUUUGAUUUCUAUUACCUCAUCCUAAUGUGGCCUGGAGCAUACUGUGUGGACAGCGAGUACGGAUGUUGCGUGCCCAAGUACGGAUACCCAGCGGAGGAUUUCUUCAUCCAGAGCUUCACGACCUUCGACUUGUCGCUGAACAAAGCCGUCGUGAGAUGCAAUAGCGACAAACCAUUCGACAUUAACAAGCUGGAGCCAAUUGAAAACAACUUGAACCACUACUGGAGCAACAUUCAUUGCCCGCGCACCGACGGGACGAGCACCUGGAAGAGCGAGUGGCGCAGCUACGGCGUCUGCUCGGGCCUCAAGGAGGUGGACUACUUCAGGGCCGCACUCAACCUCCGCAAGAACGCCGACGUCCUCGGCGCUCUCGCCGAGCAGGGCAUCAACCCGGACUACAGGCUGUACAGCACGGAGCACAUCAAGUGGGCGGUGAACCAGAAGCUUGGAGUGAUGCCUGGGGUGCAGUGCAGGGACGGGCCGUUCGGCAAGAAGCAGCUCUACCAGAUCUACCUCUGCGUCGACAAGAACGGGGAGGCCUUCAUCGACUGUCCCAAGCUGCCCAAACUGCAGUGCCCUGAGGAGGUCCUCUUUCACCCCUUCCACACGUGGAUGCUCAACGCCACAUCGCCUGCCAAGAUCAUGUUGCCCACCAAGGCUUGAGAGCCACCCGCCCAGCCGGCGCCUCACCUGAGAGUACGUACUACUGUGGCCUGGAGCAUUAUAUCGUGCUUGUUGCUCCGGUGAAUAAAUAAAUGGAUGGUUGAAUAAAUAAAAGUGUAUACGUGGUUGGGAGUUGCGACUUGUCAUAAGAACAUGACCGUCAAAUCGCUUCUCUACUAGCUACUAUGUAUAUACGUAUCUAUAAUAUUUGUAAUACGUGAAGUAUAUGAAUGAACAGCUUUAUUAUGUCGGGUGUUUAAGAAA